AUGAAAAAAAAGAGUGAAACACAGACACCCUUAGUUAAUAACUCUUAUGCAGGAGAGAAAAAAAGAAACAACCUGUCUUCACUUCCUACGCUAUCUUCGAUAGAUGCCCAACCAUCGAUACCUCCACUUCCUCCUCUGAACGAAUGUAAAAAAAACUACAUUUUCUGCAAAACAAAUAAUUUUAAUAACUUGGGGGGAAUGCUUAUUGAAAAAAAUUUAUUUGUCUUAAAUUUUGUUUUAAGCAUAAAAUAUAACGAAGAAAAAAAAAAAGAAAGAGGAGGCGGAGUAAGAAUUGGAGGUGGGGAAAAUGUUAAAUGCGAUGAAUCCACUCAAAGUGAUAAUUUAAAAAUGUAUUACCUUUCUCAAAAUGAAAAGGUUUUCAUCGAUGAAAUAAGUACAUGUGUAUAUGAACAGGGAGCAGAAAACGACGAACAACGAGGAGAUGAUAAAGGAGAAAAUUUCUUUGAAAAAAAUAUGAACAUUUUGAUAAAAAAUAAUUUUUUCUUUUUUAUUAAAAAUUACAUUCAUAACAUUUUGAGUAAUGUAGACAUAUGCACUCAAGAGAAACCAAAUGAAACAUUUUUUGAAUUUUUUAGCAUUUUUAAAAAUAAAAAAAAAAAAAUUUACAUGGAAAAUUCUGACGAUAUGUUAAGCGAUUUGUACUGUGAUGUGUCCCAUGCAUCUGACGAUAGUGAUUACAACUACUUUUAUGAGAAAACCAAUCAAAUGAAUGAUUACGACUAUGAUUAUGAGGAGGGGGAGGAGGAAGAGUGUCAAGUGGGGGAAGAGGAGCAGGAGGAAGAUGAAAACGAAAAGAACAACGCGGAGGAAGAGUGCCAAGUGGAGGACGAAUCAGAGCAGAGGGAAAACCCCUUACCAAACGGAAGGGGGAACAUAUACCUCGUUGCAAACCUAAGCAAGAAUCUGGAUUUGAUAUACUGUGAAAAAAGAAACUCCUUAUUAUCAAUAGAUAAUGAGAAAAGAAAAAAACAAAAAAAAGAUAAAAAAUUUGAAAAAUACUUAUGUCGAUGUUGCAAAACAAAAAAAAAUAAAAUAAAAAAUAUUUAUAAUAUUCAUAAUAUUCAUAACAUUCAUAAUAAUUAUAAUAAUUAUAAUAAUUAUUUUUUAAAAAGAUUUAAUGUAUGCUUACUACAAAUUUUCAUAUCCAAUUUAACAAAAAAGGAAUUCCUCUUUUGGGCAAAAAUAAAAGAUACCAUACAGCACUUUUUAGGAAGUAUACAAUCAGCUGUAUUUCAUAAAGGUAUUUCUAAUUAUGUGGAAAUUCCUUACAUUGAAAUUAUGGAUGAAAUCAAUAAAUAUACUGCCGAAGAGGCGCAUUUAAAAUUUAUAAAAAAAAAAAAAAAAUUAUUAAUUUUAAAAAAAGAACAAAAGAGUAUAAAAUGCUUAUUUGAAAAAACAAUAAAUUCUGUAAGAAUUUCGGUGAAGUAUAACUUAAUAUUUGCUGAUAAUAAAUUCAAUUAUUUAUUUAAAGAUGUCAUGAAAAAAUAUAGAAGAGUUAUCAAAAAUAAUAUUUUUAAUAAUUAUCACGCGCGGAAGGCAGCAGAUGAGGGGAUAGAAGUAGAGACAGCGGCGGGAGCAGCACCGGGGAAAGAAAAACAUGACGGAGCGUGCAUUAUGAAUUAUGCAAACUCCAUACACAAUAACUUAAAUCCCAAUAUUGUCAAAAAUUAUACGAAAAAACAUUACGAUUUUUCACUUCUUGUUCAUAAUAUUCAUUUAGAAUUGUACGGAUAUGUGUACAUUAGAAAUUACUUAUUCUUUUUAUUAAUAAUGAUUGAAGUGUACAUUUUCAUCCACUUCAAUGACAUCAGCUACACAUAUUCUAAUAACACAGACAUAUUCUUGGACCAAAUUUUAAAAAAUCUUUUUACCUAA